GUCACCUGUGUCAGAUGCCAUGUCGACGGCCCCAUCGGCACGGUACUGUCCCACCCGGGACCUGGCCCUGGACCCCCUGAUGUCCUGCAAGCUGUGCCUUGGAGAGUUCCCCCAGGAGCAGAUGACCACCAUCAGCCAGUGCCAAUGUGUCUUCUGCAGCCUGGUCAGUAGAUACAACCAACACAUUUGACUGGGUCCUGUUCAUUAGGGCAUGCAAUUGAAAAGGUUUUAAAACAUUUUGCAACAGUGGGAAAAACAGGAGCAGGGACAGGGCAGACCAGUCAGCACACUGCUUUUCAGGUGUAGAGGAAAGGGAAUUGUUAAGCUAACAGACAGAGUACAUGGCUAUACACUGUGUACAAAACAUUAGGAAUACCUCAUAUCGAGUUGCACCCUCUUUUGCCCUCAGAACAGCCUCAAUUUGUCGGGGCAUGGACUGUACAAGGUGUCGAAAGCAUUCGACAGGGAGGCUGGCCCAUGUUGACUCCAAUGCUUCCCACAGUUGUGUCAAGUUGGCUGUUUGUCCGUUGGAUGGUGGACCAUUCUUGAUACACAUGGGAAACUGUUGAGCGUGAAAAGCCCAGCAGCGUUGCAGUUCUUGACACACUCAAACCGGUGCGCCUGCCACCUACUACCAUACCCCGUUCAAAAGCACUUAUAUCUUUUGUCUUACCCAUUCACCCAAUGAAUGGCACACAUACACAAUCCUCAAUUGUCUCAAGGCUUUAAAAUCCUUCUUUAACCUGUCUCUUCCCCUUUAUCUACAAUGAUUGAAGUGGAUUUAACAGGUGAUAUCAAUAAGCGAUCAUAGCUUUUACCUGGUGAGUCUGUCAUGGAAAGAGCAGGUGUUCCUAAUGUCUCCCCUUCCUCUGCGGAAGCAUAGUUCCCGCUCAGCCCAGUCAAAACUGUUCGCUGCUCUGGCACCCCAAUGGUGGAACAAGCUCCCUCACGACGCCAGGACAGCGGAGUCACUCACCACCUUCCGGAGACAUUUGAAACCCCACCUCUUUAAGGAACACCUGGGAUAGGAUAAAGUAAUCCUUCUACCCCCCCCCCCCCCCCCCCCCCCCAAAAAAAAAAAAAUUAAUUAAAAAAAUAAAUAAAUAAAUAAAUUUUUUAAAAAAUUACAACUUUUUUUUUUUAAUUGUAAAGUGGUUAUCCCACUGGCUAUAGGGUGAAUGCACCAAUUUGUAGUCGCUCUGGAUAAGAGCGUCUGCUAAAUGACGUAAAUGUGCCCUUGAGCAAGGCACUUAACUCUAAUUGCUCCUGUAAGUCGCUCUGGAUAAGAGCGUCUGCUAAAUGACUAAAAUGUAAUGUAAUGUAAUGUUUUGUACACUCAGUGUAUUAGGCGCCAUUAAGACUGGGUUGUGUUACCAAAGAACAAAGUACCAAACGAACUUGCAAAACAUUUUGCUACGGGUGUGGCCUAAUGAAUACGACUCUGGGUCACAUUCAUAAGGGCAAGUAACGGAAAACGUUUUGCAACAGAAGGUGAAAAUUAAUGUUUCCUAUUGGACACGUCUAGGUAGUCCCUCCCUGUUUCAGUCAGUUUUCGUCAGUUUGGUGCUUAAUGAACUCCACCCAGGCCUAAUGGAUCCUGAUAUAGCCAUAUUCUCUGACUGUUAGCUUAACAACGCCCUUUUAAGUAGGGCUGUACUUAGUGAAGAGUGUGAUUGCGAACAAAACAGCACUCAGCAGUGCUGAACAUAACACAAGGCAAACUGACCAUGGUUUCCACUCCUUAUGGUAACUGUCAAACUGUCAAGACAAACGUUCAUGGUUCCCACGCCUACUAGGCUGUGUCCCAAAUGGCACCCUAUUCCCUAUGUAGUAAACUACUUUUGGACCAGGGCCCUUAGGGCUCUGGUCAAAUGUAGUGCACUAUAUAUUGAAUAGGAUGCCAUUUGGGACACGCCCACUAUUCAUUGUAUUUUAUAGUCAAGUUUAACUUCUCUCUUUCUCCCUUACAGUGCUUGAAGCAGUAUGUGGAAUUUCUGAUCAAAGAGGGCCUCGAAACUGCUAUUAGCUGUCCAGACUCUGCCUGCCCAAAACAUGGACACCUGCUGGAGAACGAGGUACAGUACAGUAGUCCUUCCAGGUUUCCCAUUGAACUCACUGAUGACACCCUAUUCCCUAUAUAGUGCACUACUUUUGACCAGAGCCCUAUGGGCCCUGGUCAAAAGUAGUACACUAAAUAGGGAAUAGGGUGCCAUUAGGGACACUGCCACUGAGAUCCCCAUGUACUGUAGCUAUUUGACUCUCUUCCCAUUAAGCCUGGAUGAGUCAUCAACAGGUCAGGAGUGCAGAGGCUUAAAUCCAUAAAACAGGGUGCUGAGAGACUUAAUCCAUAUGUGUUUGUCUCUGUAUUUCUCUCUCUUACAGAUGGAAUGCAUGGUGGCAGAAGAGAGCAUGCAGAGGUACAGGAGGCUGCAGUUUGAGAGAGGUGAGUGGAUGGGCAACAUCCUAGGUUUCUUCCUAGGUUCCUGCCUUUCUAGAGAGUGUUUCCUAACCACCGGGCUUCUACAUCUGCAUUGCUUGCUCUUUGUGGUUUUAGGCUGGGUUUCUAUAUAAGCACUUUGUGACAUCUGCUGAUGUGAAAAGGGCUUUACGAAUACAUUUGAUUGAUUCACAAGCUGUGGGAGUGGUGAGAGAGAGAUGAGAGGAGUCACUGGUUAUUCAUCAAUGUGACUCCCUCCUUCCUUCUCAUCCACUGUAUACCUAUCUUUAACCUCUGUUAAAACAUUAUAUAAGACUCUCAGAGAGAAGAGUGGCUGAUGGCUGACCCAGUGACCCUUGAACCUUAACCCUUACCAUACACAGACUGUAGAAGUAGAGAGAAUGGAGACACUUGACUGUUUAUUCAGCUUUCUCCUUCCACUUUUAGGCCUUUCUUAACCUCUUUUAAAAGGUUUAAGGCUCUCAGAGAGAAGAAGAGAGCAGUGGGCUGGGAGCAUUUUCUCUCCAUCUUAACUAAUUAAAUUCUGUUUAAUUGGAUUUGUGUAGGAUUUAAUUGGCAACAUCCUCAGAAAAACAAUCCCAAGGCAUCUGGCUCAUGAAUAAUGGUGGAUGAGCACUUUCUAAUUCCAGUGGAGCCACACCCACACACACACACACACAGCAGUUGUUAUGUAUCUUGUACUGGAUGAGUGGGGCUUUUAUUUUUACUCCUGUCCACAGAAAAGUUCCAAGAAGAUUAGCAUAAUCGUGAUCAAAGAGAGCUCAAACCAGGACAAAGAAUCAUUCUUUAUCUCAAAAUAGCUUUUAUUAAGAUGCCAAAGAUUAAGUGAAAAAGGCUUUAAAAGCUGUGCUUGUAGUCUUGUUCUUCUUCUAUUGGGUGUUCCGUUCUCACAUGUUCCCCCGUUGAGGUAUGAGGUCCCAGCUAUAGAUAUAGAAUGACUAGUAUGUUCUGUGAUGAGUGGACCGGCGGCCAUAUUGAGUGUACCAGUAAUUCUAUUUCUAUGAUGCCAGGCAGCUUUGUCCCUGUGUGAUGGGAGGAAAAGUAAGGAAAUGGACUGAAGAGGGAGGGACUACCUGAACUUAUCCAACAAGAAAAUGUUUCCAUUGCAAAACGCUUUGCUACGAUGUACCCUAAUGAAUACGACCCUGUCACUGUGUGAGUUCCACAGAGGUGCUGUUGGACCCGUGCCGGACCUGGUGCCCGUCCUCGUCGUGCCAGGCAGUGUGCCAGCUGAAGGAGGGGGAGAUGGAGUUGCCACAGCUGGUCCAGUGCUCUGUGUGCAGGCUGGAGUUCUGCUCGGCCUGCCGGGACGACUGGCAUAAAGGACAUGCCUGCCAGGACAACAUCUUCCUACCCGGGGAGACCAGGUAGGACAUUACUGCAACACACCUGUAAACUAUACAUCCCUAUACACUAACACUGUACACUAUCACACCAAUACCAGAGGUUGGAACCGGUUCAGGGAACAGAACAGAAAACCGAAAGUGAUCUCUAGUGUUCUGGAACAGAACCGUUAUUUUCAAAUCUUGAGAACCGGUUAAUACAAUUAUUUUUCAUUCCCCAAAACAAUUGUUAUUCUGUACAGUUAUAAAGCUAGUAAUAACCUAAACACAUUCCAAUGCACGUCAUGAUGUUCAGCGCUUCAAACCAAGCCCCCUCUAUGUCCACCCCUCUCUCUUGCUCCCUCCCCACCCAGUCACUUCUGCGCUGAUUGGUGGAGUAAAUUAAUGAGCUAAAUGUAAAAACAAUGUUGAACCGUUUCAGAACGUUAUUUACUGGUUGGAACACCGGAACAGAACGAAAUAAAUAGGGGUUCUGCUUGGAAGGGUACAAUUGGAAAAUAAUUUUGGUUCCAACCCCUGGCCAAAUACACCAUCACACCUUCCUACCUGGGGAGACCAGGUAGGCUUUUACAGGUAGGUUCCAACACUUGAUAACACAACACUCCUACUGUAGACUACACUAUCAUACUGAUACACAAACUGUCACAACAACACUCAGGAGGACCACACAGCGUAGGUUCAGUAGGAAGAAAACGUUUUGAAACUGAGUGAAAUGGGAAGGUUCUAUCUAAUGUGCUCAAUAACACAGCCCAAUAAAGACUCAAUAACGCAGUGAUUUUUAGCUGUUCGUAUUACUCUUGUUAUUCUUGACAGUUCAGUAUGUACUGGUCUAUCUAUGUCCCACCUUGACGUUCAUUGUCUCUUGUCUUUCAGUUCCUUCUACAAUAGCGAUGACGACACGCCCAUCAAGCGCUGUCCCAAGUGUAAGGUGUACAUUGAGAGGGACAAGGGCUGUGCUCAGAUGAUGUGCAAGAACUGUAAGCGCACCUUCUGUUGGUACUGCCUGGAGUCUCUGGAAGUGAGUUAACCAACCAACACUGAACAUACACACACAAUCACAAACACGCAUACACACACAAACACACCCUUCUGCUGGUACUGCCUGGAGUCUCUGGAAGUGAGUUAAACAACCAACACUGAACAUACACACACAAUCACAAACACGCAUACACACACACACACACACAAACACACCCUUCUGCUGGUACUGCCUGAGCCUGCCAUAGGGAACACUAAUACUCUAGUGAUCUAUUUAAUUGUUUGGAACCUGCACAAAGUGACCAAGCAACAGAGUUAUAUGAACGUACUUACAUUUUUCUAGUGGAUCUGCCCCCACAUUUAACCCUGACUUAACAUAUUUAAUUCAGGAUUUAACCCUGAUAGUGAUUCCUUCUCUCUCUCCAGGAUGACUUCCUCCUGAUCCACUAUGACGAAGGGCCGUGCAGAAACAAACUGGGCCUCUCCAGAGCUUCCGUUAUCUGGCACCGGACACAGGUACUGUAUUGUAAAAACGAGUCAUUAGUUGGCUUUAGCUCAGCGGGCUAACACAGGCUUUUGGCAUGCUGGAGUCCCAGAUUCAAACCCAGUCAGUCACACGGGCUAGCUGUGGCAGCAGUAUCUACUACACUGCUCAAAAAAAUAAAGGGAACACUAAAAUAACACAUCCUAGAUCUGAAUGAAUGAAAUAAUCUUAUUAAAUACUUUUUUCUUUACAUAGUUGAAUGUGCUGACAACAAAAUCACACAAAAAUGAUCAAUGGAAAUCAAAUGUAUCAACCCAUGGAGGUCUGGAUUUGGAGUCACCCUCAAAAUUAAAGUGGAAAACCACACUACAGGCUGAUCCAACUUUGAUGUAAUGUCCUUAAAACAAGUCAAAAUGAGGCUCAGUAGUGUGUGUGGCCUCCACGUGCCUGUAUGACCUUCCUACAACGCCUGGGCAUGCUCCUGAUGAGGUGGCGGAUGGUCUCCUGAGGGAUCUCCUCCCAGACCUGGACUAAAGCAUCCGCCAACUCCUGGACAGUCUGUGGUGCAACGUGGCAUUGGUGGAUGGAGCGAGACAUGAUGUCCCAGAUGUGCUCAAUUGGAUUCACGUCUGGGGAACGGGCGGGCCAGUCCAUAGCAUCAAUGCCUUCCUCUUGCAGGAACUGCUGACACACUCCAGCCACAUGAGGUCUAGCAUUGUCUUGCAUUAGGAGGAACCCAGGGCCAACCGCACCAGCAUAUGGUCUCACAAGGGGUCUGAGGAUCUCAUCUCGGUACCUAAUGGCAGUCAGGCUACCUCUGGCGAGCACAUGGAGGGCUGUGCGGCCCCCCAAAGAAAUGCCACCCCACACCAUGACUGACCCACCGCCAAACCGGUCAUGCUGGAGGAUGUUGCAGGCAGCAGAACGUUCUCCACGGCGUCUCCAGACUCUGUCACGUCUGUCACAUGUGCUCAGUGUGAACCUGCUUUCGUCUGUGAAGAGCACAGGGCGCCAGUGGCGAAUUUGCCAAUCUUGGUGUUCUCUGGCAAAUGCCAAACGUCCUGCACGGUGUUGGGCUGUAAGCACAACCCCCACCUGUGGACUUCGGGCCCUCAUACCACCCUCAUGGAGUCUGUUUCUGACCAUUUGAGCAGACACAUGCACAUUUGUGGCCUGCUGGAGGUCAUUUUGCAGGGCUCUGGCAGUGCUCCUCCUGCUCCUCCUUGCACAAAGGCGGAGGUAGCAGUCCUGCUGCUGGGUUGUUGCCCUCCUACGGCCUCCUCCACGUCUCCUGAUGUACUGGCCUGUCUCCUGGUAGCGCCUCCAUGCUCUGGACACUACGCUGACAGACACAGCAAACCUUCUUGCCACAGCUCUUAUUGAUGUGCCAUCCUGGAUGAGCUGCACUACCUGAGCCACUUGUGUGGGUUGUAGACUCCGUCUCAUGCUACCACUAGAGUGAAAGCACCGCCAGCAUUCAAAAGUGACCAAAACAUCAGCCAGGAAGCAUAGGAACUGAGAAGUGGUCUGUGGUCACCACCUGCAAAACCAGUCCUUUUUUGGGGGUGUCUUGCUAAUUGCCUAUCAUUUCCACCUGUUGUCUAUUCCAUUUGCACAACAGCAUGUGACAUUUAUUGUCAAUCAGUGUUGCUUCCUAAGUGGACAGUUUGAUUUCACAGAAGUGUGAUUGACUUGGAGUUACAUUGUGUUGUUUAAGUGUUCCCUUUAUUUUUUUGAGCAGUGUAUAUGUCCUAUAUUACAGUUAAAAGUCCUCAUUUUCAAAGUAUCUGUAUGUCAUUGAAAAGAAAAAGGAAAAAUUAUUACCACAAAUGGGUACUAAGUGGCAUAAAAAAAUUCAGCCACUUGUGUAGGUUUGAAGUUUAAAGUUAUGUAUGUCACUUUAGAAGCAGGUAUAGGAGAAGGUCUCAGACAGCAUGAGAACAAACAUUUAAAAAAAUAGGAUUGAUAAGUGUGUGAAUACACUACCGGUGAAAAGUUUUAGAACACCUACUCAUUCAAGGAUUUUUCUUUAUUUUUAAAGAAAAUAAAGGGGGGUGAAUACUUUCGCAAGCCACUGUUUAUACAUCACUUAGUGUCCAUGACAAUAAACAACCAUCAGGCAACAUCAUUGUGUUGAGUCUAAUGGGAGCAGAGCUUUCAAGAACCCCUUUAAAAUAUUGAUGAAGCAGUUGGGGCAUCCUUAUAGUGGUGUUAAACUUACAUAAGACCUACAGAGGAACAAGUGUGGCCAGAUAUACACUACCGGUCAAAAGUUUUAGAACACCUACUCAUUCAAGGGUUUUUCUUUAUUUGUACUAUUUUCUACAUUGUAGAAUAAUAGUGAAGAUGUCAAAACUAUGAAAUAACACAUAUGGAAUCAUGUAGUAACCAAAAAAGUGUUAAAUAAAUCAAAAUAUAUUUUAUAUUUGAGAUUCUUCAAAUAGCCAACCUUUGCCUUGAUGACAGCUUUGCACACUCUUGGCAUUCUCUCAACCAGCUUCACCUGGAAUGCUUUUCCAACAGUCUUGAAGGAGUUCCCACAUAUGCUGAGCACUUGUUGGCUGCUUUUCCUUCACUCUGUGGUCCGACUCAUCCCAAACCAUCUCAAUUUGGUUGAGGUCGGGGGAUUGUGGAGGCCAGGUCAUCUGAUGCAGCACUCCAUCACUCUCCUUAUUGGUCAAAUAGCCCUUACACAGCCUGGAGGUGUGUUGCAUCAUUGUCCUGUUAAAAAACAAAUGAUAGUCCCACUAAGCCCAAACCAGAUGGGAUGGCGUAUCGCUGCAAAAUGCUGUGGUAGCCAUACUGGUUAAGUGUGCCUUGAAUUCUAAAUAAAUCACAGACAGUGUCACCAGCAAAGAACCCCCACACCAUAACACCUCCUCCUCCAUGCUUUACAGUGGGAAAUACACAUGCAGAGAUCAUCCGUUCACCCACACCACGUCUCACAAAGACACAGCGGUUGGAACCAAAUAUCUCAAUUUUGGACUCCAGACCAAAGGACACAUUUCCACCGGUCUAAUGUCCAUUGCUCGUGUUUCUUUGCCCAAGCAAGUCUCUUCUUCUUAUUGGUAUCCUUUAGUAGUGGUUUCUUUGCAGCAAUUCGACCAUGAAGGCCUGAUUCACACAGUCUCCUCUGAACAGUUGAUGUUGAGAUGUGUCUGUUACUUGAACUCUGAAGCAUUUAUUUGGACUGCAAUUUCUGAGGCUGGUAACUCUAAUGAACUUAUCCUCUGCAGCAGAGGUAACUCUGGGUCUUCCAUUCCUGUGGCGGGCCUCAUGAGAGCCAGUUUCAUAGCACUUGAUGGUUUUUGCGACUUUCAAAGUUCUUGAAAUGUUCCGUAUUGACUGACCUUCAUGUUUUAAAGUAAUGAUGGACUGUUGUUUCUCUUUGCUUAUUUGAGCUGUUCUUGACAGAAUAUGGACUUGGUCUUUUACCAAAUAGGGCUAUCUUCUGUAUAGCCACCCUACCUUGUCACAACACAACUGAUUGGCUCAAACGCAUUAAGAAGGAAAUACAUUUCACAAAUUAACUUUUAAGAAGGCACACCUGUUAAUUGAAAUGCAUUCCAGGUGACUACCUCAUGAAGCUAGUUGAGAGAAUGCCAAGAGUCUGCAAAGCUGUCAUCAAGGCAAAGGGUGGCUAUUUGAAGAAUCUCAAAUAUAAAAUAAAACUUGAUUUGUUUAACACUUUUUUGGUUACUACGUGAUUCCAUAUGUGUUAUUAACAUAUUUUUGAUAUCUUCACUAUUAUUCUACAAUGUAGAAAAUAGUACAAAUAAAGAAAAACCCUUGAAUGAGUAGGUGUUCUAAAACUUUUGACCGGUAGUGUAUAUCUGGCCACACUUGUUCCUCUGUAGGUCUUAUGUAAGUUUAACACCACUAUAAGGAUGCCCCAACUGCUUCAUCAAUAUUUUAAAGGGGUUCUUGAAAGCUCUGCUCCCAUUAGACUCAACACAAUGAUGUUGCCUGAUGGUUGUUUAUUGUCAUGGACACUAAGUGAUGUAUAAACAGUGGCUUGCGAAAGUAUUCACCCCCCUUGGCAUUUGUGAAACAAACAAGAAAUAAGACCAAAAAACUGAAAACUUGAGCGUGCAUAACUAUUCACCCCUCUUCUCUUGGGGUAUGUCUCUAUAAUCUUGGCACAUCUAGCCACUGGGAUUUUUGCCCAUUCUUCAAGGCAAAACUGCUCCAGCUCCUUCAAGUUGGAUGGGUUUCGCUGGUGUUCAGCAUUCUUUAAGUCAUACCACAGAUUCUCAAUUGGAUUGAGGUCUGGGAUUUGACUAGGCCAUUCCAAGGCAUUUAAAUAUUUCCCCUUAUACCACUCGAGUGUUGCUUCAGCAGAAUGCUUAGGGUCAUUGUCCUGCUGGAAGGUGAACCUCCGUCCCAGUCUCAAAUCUCUGGAAGACUGAAACAGGUUUCCCUCAAUACUUUCCCUGUAUUUAGCGCCAUCCAUCAUUCAUUAAAUUCUGACAAGAUUCCCAGUCCCUGCCGAUGAAAAACAUCCCCACAGCAUGAUGCUGCCACCACCAUGCUUCACUGUGGGGAUGGUGUUCUCGGGGUGAUGAGAGGUGUUGGGUUUGCCCCAGACAUAGCGUUUUCCUUGAUGGCCAAAAAGCUCAAUUUUAGUCUCAUCUGAACAGAGUACCUUCUUCCAUAUGUUUGGGGAGUCUCCCACAUGGCCUUUGGUGAACACCAAACAUGUUUGCUUAUUUUUUUCUUUAAGCAAUGGCUUUUUUCUGGCCAGCUCUGUGGCGUGUACGGCUUAAAGUGGUCCUAUGGGCAGACACUCCAAUCUCCGCUGUGGAGCGUUGAAGCUCCUUCAGGGUUAUCUUUGGUCUCUUUGUUGCCUCUCUGAUUAAUGCCCUCCUUGCCUGGUCCGUGAGUUUUGGUGGGCAGCCCUCUCUUGUCAGGUUUGUUGUGGUGCCAUAUUCUUUCAAUUUUUUGGUUGCCCCAGAUCUUAUUUAGGGGCUUCAUAGCAAAAGGGGUGUAUACAUAUGCACGCACCCCCUUUCUGUUAUUUAUUUUUUUGAAUUUUUUGAAACAAGUUAUUUUUUUCAUUUCACUUCACCAAUUUGGACUAUUUUGUGUAUGUCCAUUACAUGAAAUCCAAAUAAAAAUCCAUUUAAAUUACAGGUUGUAAUGCAACAAAAUAGGAAAAAUGCCAAGGGGGAUGAAUACUUUUGUAAGGCACUGUAUUUGUGAAGGUCAAAUAGGAAAAUGCAAAAGGAUGACUCAGUGUCAUAAACACUAAGUGGACGCCAGCCCUGUCUCAAUGUAGAUUAUAUGUUUGGGGAACUACUGCCUCCUUGUGGAUUGUUACUGUACUACUGCUCAGGCAAAUUAGAGAUUGAAUACAUUUUGUGUUGGUGCAUCAUUGUACUGUACAUCACUUCUCUCUGGUAUCUUGUGAUGUCUGGGUUAAAACAAGCACCUCAUGAAUCCCAUGUUACAACUUGUGACGUAAAAAGGGCUUAGAUAUAUGUGCUUGCUUGUUGGGGUUGAAGAGGGUAUAUAGUAAAAGCACACUUCCACAUCUCUCCCCCUCCCUCUCUCUGCAGGUGGUGGGGAUAUUCGCUGGCUUCGGGCUGCUCCUGCUGUUGGCGUCUCCCUUUCUCCUCAUAGCCUCACCCUUCGUUUUGUGCUGCAAGUGUAAAUGCAGUAAAGGGGAUGACGACCCUCUGCCAACCUAA